AUGACCUGUGACUGGCUCAUUGAUGACACUCUUGACACGGCAGUCUGCAUGAGAUUCAAAGCAAUGAGAAGAAGAAAUAUAAGGAAAGGGAAGACUUUCAAAAAAGGGAAAGAAUUCGGGAGGAAGAGGAAUUCAAAUAGAGAAAGAUUCGAAAGGCCAAAAGAAGGAAGGAGAACCCUCCGUUUGCUAACUGUGUUGGUUACUACGAUAGUGGCAUCUCAUUCGGCCAAAACUGCUGGCCCCGGCCAGCAACCAACAUUGCCCCUCAUCCCUGACGACCUCAAAUCCGCAUCGCACCAUACCAUCCCAUCCAUAUCGGAGCGGCGAGGUACAAGGACAGCCCAGUCUACUCCAAUGCACAGCCGUGAAUCCUCCGCGGUUCGUGGCAGAGCUGCCGACCCUUCCGCCUUAGCCCCGACCUUACCACAAGCCCGCCGCGGUCAUUCAGGUUCCAAAAGCCCAGACGUCUCAACCGGUCGCCCUGCAGGAUAUGAGGUGGGAUUGGAAAGACGACCGUCCAACUCGUACGGUCAUCACCGACAGACCUCAAUCGUUCAUGGGAUGCAACAUUCACGGAACCCCAGCAUGGCGGGCUCGACCGCUUCCAGUCCACUAAGCCCUGAACUUAUCGCCUCACUCGGUCGUGGCUUAACGGACGAGAUCGGUUUACCUCCUAAGCUAGAACAGCUCGAUACCCAUUCAAACCAUCAGAGCCCCGCGGGGGCACCUUCGAACUUCGGACUACAAGGUACAUUGAGUACGAUUCAGGAUACCGAUGCAGAUGAAAGGGUGGAUGGAAGUCCAGCAAGUCUGGUCCAUAAGAGAAUGAACUCGGGAGGAAAAUCACGGCGGGAAAGAUCUCACAGUCGCUCACAUUCGAAGCAUCAUUCUGAAUCUAAGACGGUGGGGGAGUAUGCGUUGCAUCAUUUAUUUAACUCGUUUGUUGGUCAAGCCGACAGUAAAAUCAAUCAGGCAAUUUUGAAGCUGGGAGAAUGCGAAGCUCCAGUGGAGGAGGUUUGCGGACCUGGAGCAGACCCCAACUUCGAUCAGUUGAUCUCAGCCCUGGGACAUAUUGCAAGGCAAAAGCCGAAGCCUUUAAUCGAUACUAUCAUGUUAUGGAGGAAAGCCAAAGGAGAUGCAGCUACCACGGCAAGGCAGAUGACGAAUGAGCAGCCAAAAUCUGCGACAUCAGAAAAUGUGCCUCUUUUACGUCGUAACACAGAGCCUACUCAGACGCCCACUGAUCCAACAGCUCCUUCAGAAAGACCACACCCAUCGACGCCUCUGCUUGGUCGUCAUGAUGAUAUCGCAUUGGUAGAACGCCGUGCCACUGUCUCAGUCUAUUUGGUAUGCAGAGUAUUGAUUGAAAUUUUCCAUCAAAGCGACCUAGCAUCUAUCACAAUUGACAUGGCAGAUCGUUUGGAAGACAUAGUUUUUGGUCAGCUCAAAACGGUCGACCCUGAUCAGAUCUCCGCAUCUCCACUAAGGAUGGCAAAUUGGAGGAUAUAUGGCCAAUUGCUCGGCAUCAUGAGCGAAUUGAACUUCACCACAGUUGCCAAUCGCUUCCUUGCAGAACUAGACCGAUAUCAAAAGGAGGAAGCACUUCGGGGGCCCUCACGUGAUGGGGAUGCCAAAUCCGAGCUACUCAUCCUGGGCAUGAGGUAUUUGCGUCUGCCGAUGGGCACAGACACUUGGCCCAAGGCUUGUGAUUAUAUGCGAAGCCUGGGACGCUUGUUUGUGAAUGCACACGGGCAAAAAAUCAAGCAGGCGUAUUGUUACGUGAUUGAGAAACUGUUACUGCCCGUGGCAGCUAACCCGGUCUGUGACCUUGCACUUCCUCGGUGGAAGGAGUUUUUGGAUUUGGUUCAGCCUCGCUUGGCUCAAUUACUUACAAAGCCUCGACAUUGGACCCCUGCGUUCUCCUUGAACGUGCUCCUUCUUUGCAUAUCCAACAAGGAAACAUUCUCUUCACAAUGGCUCUCGAUGAUAACAGGCUUACCUCCUCGGCUCAAGGACCGGCCGACUCGUGCGCCAGCUCUACAAGCUAUAUGUCGACUUACUCCCCCCACAACUACACUGCGCAAGAUUGAAGAGGUCGUAAAAAUUGCAUUGCCAACAGGCAAAAGGACAUACCUGACUGCAGAGCCCAUAAGUGCUGAGCCACUGAUCCAGCUGAUUCGAAUGAUUGGAUUCAAACACCCUGAUGUUUGUUUUCGCACGAUUAUCUUCCCUCUUAUCAACUCUGAUCUGUUCCUCUCCAGUCGAGAAACGAAGAUUGAACAAAUGGAGCCGGAGAAAAUGGUGAUUGGCAUUAGAGCAUUUCUGGCAACAAUGUCAGAUCUGGAAACAAGUGAUCAACUGUGUCCGCCAUUCCCAACAGGCUCUCUUCCGAACCCGUUCACAUCUGCUCCAAACCCGAUUUUCUUCCACCGUCCACAAUUACUUGCAGAGCCAAAGGUGGGCCUGGCUUCUCAAAAGCCCGAUCCAGCUGCCUCUUGUCCAGUCAACAUGUCAAGACUGAGCGACAAUGUUAAGGAAUACUAUCUACGAUUCUGCGAAGUGCUCGGUAAGAUCACAAUUCUAUGUAAUACCACCUUCGGUGGUCAGGCGGUUCUGGAUGAGAAGUUCGGAAGCACAACACCAAAGACGCCGCUUACCGAAUCCUUCUUUUCACGUCGCGAUGACCAUGUCAGUACACUGGACCACAAACAAGGCUUUUACGAUCUCUUCCACGUCGCUGUACAGGCAUUGCCUCGUUGUCUUUCAGAUCAUAUUCCCUUCAAGGCAUUGAUCAACCUUCUUUGCACCGGAACUGCUCAUGUGCAGUCAAACAUCGCAUCCUCGUCUGCUGAUUCAUUGAAGGCGAUUGCGCGACAAUUGCACGCCCAACAAGUGACAAUUGGAUUUGCACGUUUCAUAUUCGACUUUGACGCACGAUAUUCAACGAUGUCCGAUGAAGGAAUGCUUGGACCAGGACACAUCGAAUCAACUUUGAGGCUAUACGUGGAGUUGUUGCGAAUCUGGAUUGAUGAGAUCAAGCAGAAAACCAAGGAAGCCGCUUCAGAUCAACUUGAAAAAUCAAUCUCGGGCAGUCGGGCUCUCAAUCUUGACUUAUCAGGUCUUCUUGCCUCUGUUGAUGAGAUUGAGUCUCACGGAUUAUUCUUCCUAUGUUCACAAUCUCGACGGGUUCGAGCAUUUGCCAUCAACGUUCUUCGUCUGAUCACCGAGUUUGACAGCGCCCUCGGCAAAGAGAACACAAGAAUCAUUCGGAUCCUUGAAGCCGACUCACAGCAGAUCUUGGAUCUCAAUGAUGAGCAGCUGACAGUUGCAGAGAGAAGUCGGAUCCUCAAGGGCAAAAGAAGAAGUGCUUCACAGAACACUCUCAUUGAACUAUGUAGCAGCGAGGUCUCCUACGACUCUACCCUGUGGGCCAAAGUUUUCCCGAAUAUUAUUCGCGUCAGCUUUGAGACUUGUCCAACUGCCAUCAUGUUGGGAAGAGAGAUUGUAUACGCACGUCUUGUUCAGAUGCACAAGCUGAUCUCAUCUCUUGCUGAAAGCUCGAGACCUGGUCAAUAUUCCCCGCUUGAUGUCUAUCAGGCUCGUCCCCUGGGCCGGAGUAACAUGACGACAGAGAUUCUCGUUGAGCAGUGGCGGCUUUACCUAGUCAUGGCCUGCACAACAGUGACUAGUGUUGGAGCUCAAUCCCAGAGCCAGCUCGCAAAUGCCCAACAUUCACGCAAGUCUUCUAAGGGACAACAGUCCCAGGAUAACACCAGCUCUGCGCGAAGUCUGUUUGCCUUUGUUAUCCCCCUCUUGUCAGCUGAACGGGACUCUAUUCGAUCUGCAAUUGUCGCUGCAUUAGGCUCUAUCGCCAAGACCCUCUAUCGCACACUCCUGGAGUCUCUCCAGUAUGCUGUGACAACCUGUAACGAGGAAGCCAAGAUCAGGAUUGGCACACACCACCGCACUCCUAGCAGCCCCCGUCGCAACCGAAAGACCGAUCGUCUCCGUACGGAAGUCACAAAUGUGUAUAAGCUUACCUCCCAUUUCCUUCGAGAGCCAGAGGUUUACAAUGACGACUGGAUCGUCAACAACCUGAUUACCUAUGCGAAGGAUAUUCGUAUUUUCUUGAGCGAUGCCGAGGUUCAAAAUGACUGGGACUUCCAACGUUUACGGUUUCACUACUGCGGCUUGAUGGAAGAGCUCUUUGAAGGCGUCAAUCGCACCAAGGAUCCUUCCCGCUGGAUUCCGUUCGAAUCAAGAAAAUCUGCUUUUUCACUCAUGGAAGAUUGGUGUGGCUACUCGCCUAAUCAAACUCAAAUCAACGAAAGAGAGGACAAUAUGCGCAAAGUUGCCAUGGCAAAUACGCAUGAGGGUGGUGAGAUGCGAAACACUGCUGCCGCUAUGGAAAUCGAGAAGAAAAAUCUCCGAGCAGCCGCUUUAAGCGCAAUGGCAUCUCUUUGUGCUGGCCCAAUCAGUAUCACAACUGAGAGUGGGUCUGUACUUCAAUUUGACGUUGGUCGCAUGCUAUCCUGGAUCCAUAUCAUCUUCACCGCUGUCAGUGUUAGUGAUAAGUGGCAUGCGAUUGGUCGUCGGGCGUUGAAAAACCUCAUAAUUCAUAAUAAGGAGCAUACGUAUCUGAUGGAACGAUCCGUUGAGAUGUGUUAUGCAGCUGAGCAGCCAAAGGCGCUGGAAAGCUAUUUUGAGGUCGUAAGCGAAGUUCUCAUCGAGCAUCCAGACUACCCCCUGGAAUUCUGGAGAAUUCUGGGCGCGGUCCUAGUGACUUUGGGCAACCAAAAGCGCGAGAUUCGAAUGAAGUCGGCCAAGCUUCUUCGUCGACUUGAGGAGCGGCAUCAGAAAAACUCGCGACUUCAGGACUUCGAUAUUAGCAUUUCGGAUAAGACUACAGCUGUGUACAAGCUGGCUCAAUUUGAGACCUCGAAAAGAUUGGCGGUCCAGCACGCUGACUUGGCUUUCACGCUGUUUUCUGAAUUUGCUCUGCACUUCCGCAGUCUUCACGAUGACACCAAACGCAACAUGGUUGCGGCGAUCCUACCAUGGGUUCAGACUAUGGAGCUGCAGGUCGAUCCUAAUGGUGGACCCACUGCCAGGUCCUAUAUGCUUCUUGCAAAUCUGUUUGAGAUCACCAUUCGCUGCAGUACUACUUUGCCGAAUCAGGUUCAAGCAUUGUGGCAAGCGUUGGCCACUGGUCCUCAUGGCGGAAAUGUCCAGCUAGUCUUGGACUUCAUCAUCAAUCUUUGCUUGGAGCGUAAAGAACAAAAAUUUGUCGAUUAUGCCAAGCAGAUCGUUGUUUUCCUUGCCGGUACACCCGCAGGAUCCAAGGUGAUUGAUUUCUUCCUGCUCCAGGUAGUGCCCAAGAACAUGGUACAGGAGCGAAAGGAUCUCACGCCUCCACCGCCUGAUAUCAAGAGCUUGCCGUACGUGGUUGAUCUCGCCACAAUCAUUCCCGUAGGGAAUAAACAAGCCGGUCUUUCGCUGGGCCAAGUGGCACUAAUCUUCCUUGUUGAUCUUAUGGUUGCGCCUGUCGAUCUGCCAAUUGAUGACGUGAUUAAGCUUCUUCAUGUUGUACUAAUCCUGUGGGAUCAUUACACUGUUACUGUUCAAGAACAGGCUCGUGAGAUGUUGGUUCAUUUGAUCCAUGAGCUCAUUGCUGCCAAACUGGAGGACGGUGCAUCUGUUGGCGCUCGGCAAUCGAUCGAGGACUUUGUCGAAUUGAUUCGAAAGAGUGAUCCCGCCGUAGUGUGGGAAUAUGAAGAAAACAAUGGCAAGGACGAGGAAUCCGACGAUCGUCGGGUGCCAUCGUCGAUGGCUACUGCAACCCGUGAAGUCAUCAAGUUCUUUAGCUUUGCUCCUGAGUACGUGGGUGUGGGCGACAUAUGGGCCAAGGAAGCGCUAAACUGGGCAACAUCUUGUCCUGUGCGACAUCUGGCAUGUCGUUCCUUUCAAAUCUUCCGGUGCAUUUCAACCUCGCUGGACUCACGCAUGCUGGCUGAUAUGCUCGCCCGCCUUUCGAACACGAUUGCGGAUGAAGAGGAAGAUUAUCAAACAUUCUCCAUGGAGAUUCUCACUACGUUGAAAAUAAUAAUCAGCUCUCUAGCGCCAUCUGAUCUUAUGCAUUAUCCUCAGCUCUUCUGGACCACUUGUGCUUGUCUCAAUACCAUCCACGAGAGUGAGUUCGUCGAGACACUGGGUAUGCUGGAUAAGUUUUUGGACAGCGUGGAUCUUAGUGAUCCCGUCAUCGUGGCACAACUUCUUGAGGGUCAGCCUCCUAAGUGGGAAGGCGGUUUUGAUGGGCUUCAAGAUUUAGUUUUCAAGGGACUGAAGUCCUCUGAGUCUUUCAACCGUACAUUGGAUAUCCUUCAUCGCCUCAGUGCGCUACCAAACAAUACGCUCAUCGGAGAUGGCACUCGUCAGCUGUUCACAAUUAUGGCCAACUUGCCCCAUUUCCUGGAGUGUUUCGAUCAAGGCUUUACCGAUCCCAAACCCAUGAUGCGUGCCAGCUUACUUGCUCGUGUGGCGGAGAAUGAAGGAUGUCCUCGACUUGCAGCGUCAUUGUUUGGUUUUGCCAACCAGCAGUACAAGACAGAAGGUGUAUUCCUUGACCACAUCGUCAACGAAAUCAAAUCGUACUACUUCCCGCAGCUGGACUUUCAGUGUCUUAUCUUCCUUAUGGGUCUUCUCACCAACACCACUGAUUGGUUCCGUAUCAAGACCAUGAAGAUUCUUUGUGUGCUGAUCCCCGAGGUUGAUAUGCGACGCACUGAAGUUACCUGCCAUGGUCCUGAUUUGAUUUCACCAUUGCUGCGCCUUCUGCAGACCAAUUUGUGUCCGCAGGCUCUGGAGGUCCUGGAUAAUAUCAUGACUGUCUCUGGUAACCCGAUGGAGCGUCAUCACCUGCGCAUGAGCAUGGCUUCUGCAGCUUCGUCACGUGCUAUUCGCAAGGAAUACGAGCGGAUCCAAAGUCUGUACGGCAUUCCUGAGCCUACAGGUUGGUCAGUUCCCAUGCCGGCGACUCAAUCAACCAUUACUCGCAACAAUGUCCACGCGGUGUUCUAUACUUGUGCUGAAGCCGAUGACAUGAAUACACGCGAUACCUUGACUCCUGAUGUGGAAUUCCGUGCGGAUGAAUACAGCGACUCGUUCUUCCCAAUGAGAGCCGACACGAUGAAGUCGAUUGAUACUCAGACUGAUGGCAACAUGGGCGAUAUCGUCCAGAAACUGGACAGUCUUGACGAUUUCUUCGAAGAGACGGAAACAAAUGUUCCAACACUACACCCGGUAGCACCGCCGAUGUUACGAGGAUUUACAGGUAGCUACGUUGACACCAACGCCCAUCUCUACGAUCAGCAGACGGCGCCUAUCCUCCGUAAAUCUCUCGCUCGAACCGGCUCCAGUUCAUCCUUCCAUAACGGUCUCGCAGAGUCCCGCCCGCCCAACUUCCGCUUCGAUGUUCCCGGCAUGCCCUCUCCAGUUAGCAUGAAUUCCCAAACCUUGGGCCCGGGUCUCCGCCCCGUCUCUCACACCCGCUCUGUCACCUCACCCGCCAACAACCUGUUCGUUCAUACUGCUCCCCAUGGACCCCACAAUACACCACCAGUCGGUCUCAGUGAAUCCGCAUUCCUCUCAGACGAUGAGAUUGAAGACACACACUCUGAUCUUGACGAUCGCCCAACAACUGCUCGGAGAAUCCAUCCUCCCAUGCCACCUAUGGUCCGUAGUGCUACAGAAGGAGCCGGAUCCCAACCUCACUCCCUGGAAUCAAUGAUCCGAAGUGGUAUGCGCAGAUUAACAGGUGGCGCAGCAAACCGCGAAAAGGAACGGCAGCGCGAUCUCCUUCGAGCUCAGCACCGUGCUAUGGUUCAAACUGCGAACUCUCCCCGUGUUCCCAAGGUUCCGGAAGAGUAUCUCGCGGGACCAACUAGUCACCCUACAUCUCCAAGAUCAUAA